AUGGAGACGAUCCUGCUGGUCCUGCUGGUCCUGCUGGCUGCAGCAGUCGUUGACACCCAGACCAGGUUAGUCGGGCCGUCUCGGUGUUCUGGGAGGGUUGAGGUCUACCAUGAUGAAGUCUGGGGGACGGUGUGUGAUGACAGCUGGGACCUCAGCGACGCCACGGUUGUCUGCAGGCAGCUGGGAUGCGGCCCCCCAAAGAGCGCCCCCACGGUCGCCUACUUUGGUGAAGGAACCGACCCGAUCUGGCUGGACGACGUGGCCUGUGCAGGAACCGAGAGCAGCUUGGCUGAUUGUCUCCACAGAGGAUUUGGAAGCCAUAACUGUGGACAUGGAGAAGACGCUGGUGUCAUCUGUGAAGGAGAAGCCCAGUUCAGACUGGCGGGUCCAACCCGGUGUUCAGGGAGGGUGGAGGUCUACCAUGGAGACGCCUGGGGGACGGUGUGUGAUGACGGCUGGGACCUGAGCGACGCCGCGGUGGUCUGCAGGCAGCUGGGCUGCGGCGCGGCGCUCGGCGCUCCGACCUCGGCCUACUUUGGCCAGGGAACCGGGGAGAUCUGGCUCAGCAACCUGAGCUGUUCAGGAAGGGAAGUCAGCCUGUCCGGAUGCUCCAACCCGGGGUUCGGCAUUCAGGACUGUGAUCACAGUGAAGACUCUGGCGCCAUCUGUGCUGGAGCCCAGAUCCGGUUGACCGGUCCAACCCGGUGCUCCGGGCGGGUCGAGGUUCUGUUCAACGACACCUGGGGGACGGUGUGUGAUGACGGCUGGGACCUGAGCGACGCCGCGGUGGUCUGCAGGCAGCUGGGCUGCGGGCCGCCUCAGGCCGCCCUCAGCGCCGCAAGCUUUGGUGAAGGAACCGGCCCGGUCUGGUUAGCUGACAUGAGCUGCUCCGGAACCGAAGCGGAUGACGGCUGGGACCUGAGCGACGCCGCGGUGGUCUGCAGGGAGCUGGGCUGUGACCGGGCCUAUGAAGCUCCAGGUGGGGCCCAGUACGGACCCGGAGCUGGAAGCAUCAUGCUGGACGACCUGGUCUGCUCCGGUACUGAGAGCAGCCUGACGGACUGCGCGCACAACGGGUUUGGGCUGCAGAACUGCGUCCAUGAGGAGGACGCCGGAGCGAUCUGUGAAGGAAUCGUUAGGAAGGUGGUGAGACUGAAGGUUCUGCAGGAUUCCUCUCUGGACCUGAGCGACCCGGCGGUGCUGGACGGGUUUCUGAACCAGCUGAAGCAGAAGCUGCAGGAUCAGGAGCUGAACGGAAACGUCAGACUGAGCUGGAUGACUUCCGACGGAAAAAUCUUCAAAAAGGACGAAGGACAAAACUGAAGAGCAGAAUAAAGUCUCAGUUCGUUUCCUGGCUGAUUUGGGUUUAUAAUGAUCAUAAGCUGUAGCUUAGAGGUGGGAAUUAAACCUGAACUUCACAUGAAAACAGUCAAUUAUUAAAACAUGAAAUGAUGAAAUGUUGAAUGUUUUAAGAGUGAAGCUCUGAAAUGUAAUGAUUAAGAUCCAACUGAAGGCUGUAAACUAAGAGUCUCACGCAACAUGGCGCUGUGACGUCGCCCCCCGGUGGCUCUGAGCGGGAACAGCAGGUUGACUUCUUCCUCUCAAUCCUCUUCAUCCUGGUCAAACUGCAACACAAACAUCAAACUGGGAUUUAUAUUACAAUAAAAAGUCAUUAUUUACCACUCCAUCAAUAUGGAGAACAGGUGAAGAGCAGCUCCAGGAGAAGAUCCGUGUGUUUGGGUUUGAAUAUAUUUAAUAAACUACUUAAAUGUGCGGCAAACUAGCGGUAUUGUAGAGGCCGCACUGGGUUAACGCGGUGAAUUUCAGACUGUCCGACGCGUGCUUCAAUACACUCCAAGUCGCUUUAGGUUGUUGUUGCAAUCAUCAAUUUAUUCCACUUGACUGUCAUACUUCAGAUUUUACAUGGACUGACACAUACUGACCAGGCUAAACCAUACAAUGGUGCCAACAAUAAGCGACAUUACAACACGGUCAACAGAAAUUAUGACCACCACCUGCUUCCUCAUACAUACAAUCAGCGCGCCAGUAUGGCUCCCAUUCAUACCUUAGUGACAGUCACGCCCACCUCCACACACCCACCCAGGUGUCCAAGCCGUGUGCUCCUGCCACGUCAGUAACUGCUCAUUUCAACCGUAAGGCUCUUACAUUACUGAUGACAUCUUGGUUUCUUUCUCCUGGUUCUGAUCCAUCUGAACACCAAACAGGCUCUUAAUACUCUGAACAUCAUGAAUUCACAACAUAUAACAGACAUUUUAUCACUUCAGUUAUUUCCUGUUACAUGAUGCAGACCUGAGGAAGCUGGUUCAUAAUCAUCAUUAGGGUUAUUAAUGAGAUGUAAACAGUUGCAUGUUUCCAUGGAAACGAGCGGAGCUCUGAUCUUCAUCGCUGCAGUUUGAUGUUUUUC